AAUCCGUUGGUUGCAAAACACGGAACAACUAUCCUCCACGGUCUGGACCGGGCUGUGAAGAACAUGGACGACAUCAAGAACGUCUAUUCCGAGCUGAGCGUGCUGCACUCCGAGAAACUGCACGUGGACCCCGAUAACUUCAGGCUGAUUUCCGACUGCCUGACCAUUGUGGUCGCUUCUCGGCUGGGCAAAGAAUUCACUGGUGAGGUCCAGGCAGCUUUCCAGAAGUUCCUGGCCGUGGUGGUGUCCGCCCUGGGAAGACAGUACCACUAGAGAGAUUCAACAGAGGACCAUCAAUGAUCAUUUGCUUAAAAGUUCU